UAACAUCCAAGUCUUCAUCAGAAAACUAAUUAAUAAUCUCCAUCUCCAUGUGUAAAAUCACUCCUAGGCUUUAGCUUCAGCUCUUCUUACAAUGUCUGAAAGACGAAAAUACCCUUUAUGGGCAUCUGAUGAUGUUCCAGUUCUCUCUUCUGUUGAGUGCCAUGUGUGUCAAAAUACUUUCCAGAAUUAUAUCUAAGUACGGAUCAUUUUCCAUUCCUAACUCUUUUGAAUUUUUUUCAAUUUCCUACAUUUUCUUCCUCUUCUUCAAUUCUGUGCUUAUCUUCAUUCUUCAAAGAUCCCAACUUUAUUGCUUUCUCUUUGCCUUUGAAGCUUCAAUCUCUGUCCCUCUCUCUCGUUGGUCACCACUGUCAAGGAAUCACUCUUCCAUGCAGGCUAAAUUUUGAGUUUUUUACUUUGUUUUUGGCCACUUCCAUGCAAGAUUUGAAAUGGGUAUUUCAAGAACAAGCCAGUGAUGCUAAAACGAAGCUCUUCUUCUCUUUCUUGCUAUGGUUGUUGAUGAAGCAAAAUGCAACUCUGCAGAUCUGCUACCAUGAGAAACAGCCCCAUAAAGCUUGUUUUAGCACUGUAUUGUCUUGUUUCUGUGGUUUAUAGUGAUACAGAUCCCAAUGACUGGACUAUUCUCAAAGCAUUCAGAGAUGGGUUAGAGAAUCCAGAACUCUUGGAGUGGCCUGCUAAUGGUAAUGACCCAUGUGGCCAAUCUUGGAACCAUGUUCACUGUGUCAAUUCGAGGGUUUCUCAGAUUCAGGUUCAAAAUAUGAGUUUGAAAGGCACUUUGCCUCAGAAUCUCAACCAGCUCAUCAUGCUUGAAAACUUAGGCCUUCAGAGGAACCAAUUUACUGGACCUUUACCAUCCUUCAGUAGGUUAUCGAAACUACAGUAUGCUUAUUUGGAUUACAAUCAGUUCGAUGCUAUCCCAUCUGAUUUCUUCGUAGGUUUAGAGAGCUUGCAAAUCUUGGCAUUGGAUAACAACCCUUUAAAUGCCACUACAGGGUGGAUGUUCCCGAAAGAUUUGCAAGGUUCUUCACAACUGACCAAUCUUUCUUGUAUAAAUUGCAAUUUGGCUGGUCCACUUCCUGAUUUUCUGGGAAGCUUGUUAUCUCUGCAGAAUCUGAAACUCUCAGGCAAUAGUUUAUCAGGAGAACUUCCACCAAGCUUUAAAGGUGGCAUGUCUCUCCAGAAUCUAUGGCUAAAUGAUCAAAAAGGUGGUGGCUUGAGUGGUACAAUUGAUGUGGUAGCAACUAUGGAAUCUGUAACUGUUCUGUGGCUUCAUGGGAAUCAAUUCACAGGUAAAAUUCCAGAGAGCAUUGGUAAUUUGACUCUUUUGAAGGAUCUCAAUCUCAAUACUAAUAGACUUGUUGGAUUAGUUCCUGAUAACUUGAAAAACAUGCCAUUACAGCAUUUAGAUUUGAACAAUAAUCAGUUAAUGGGUCCAACUCCAAUGUUUAAAGCAGCUAAGGUGUCUUGCAGUUCAAAUUCCUUUUGUCUGUCAACUCCAGGGGUUCCUUGUGCCCCAGAAGUUAUGGCACUGUUAGAGUUUCUUGAUGGAUUGAAUUAUCCUCCUAGGCUUGUUUCUUCAUGGAUUGGCAAUGAUCCAUGUUCAUCAUGGCUUGGGGUGACUUGUAAUUCCAAUAAGGUUUAUUCCAUUUCUUUGCCUAAAUAUAAUCUUAGUGGUACCUUGAGUCCUUCAGUUGCAAAACUAGAUUCUCUUCAGCAUAUCAAUCUUGGGGGCAACAGUCUUAGCGGUCCUGUUCCAGCUAACUGGACUGCCUUGACCUCUUUGAAAACUUUGGAUCUCAGUAGCAACAACAUUUCACCUCCAUUUCCAAGAUUCCCUACUACUGUUGAUGUAGUCAUUGAUGGGAAUCCUCUAUUAACAGGUGGUAAGCCAGAUCAAUCCCCUAAUAAAAAUCCUUCUUCUGGGAGUUUUGAUUCACCUAAGUCUCCAUCACAAACCAAAGGCACAAAUUCUAAUCCUGGUGAUUCUGUAGAAUCAGCAAAACAGAAAAGCAAGAGGUCUACAUUUGUUGCCAUUGUUGCUCCUGUUGCAAGUGUUGCAUUUGUUGCUGUUUUGAUCAUUCCUCUAUCCAUUUACUAUUCUAAGAAGAGAAAAGACAGGUUCCAGGCUUCAAGUUCUCUAGUCAUUCACCCAAGAGAUCCAUCUGAUUCUGACAACACGUUGAAGAUUGUUGUUGCCAAUAACACCAAUGGAAGCACUUCAACAAUUACAGGGAGUGGUUCUGCAAGCAGAGAUAGUAGUGGUAUUGGUGAGUCUCAUGUCAUUGAAGCAGGAAAUCUAGUCAUAUCAAUUCAAGUUCUUCGAAACGUGACAAAGAACUUUUGCCCGGAGAAUGAGCUUGGCCGAGGUGGCUUUGGAGUGGUUUAUAAAGGGGAAUUGGAUGAUGGGACAAAAAUAGCAGUAAAAAGAAUGGAAUCUGGUGUGAUUAGCAGCAAAGCCUUGGAUGAAUUCCAGGCUGAGAUUGCUGUUCUUUCAAAGGUUCGACAUCGUAAUUUAGUAUCACUCUUGGGUUAUUCAAUUGCAGGCAAUGAGAGAAUCCUUGUUUAUGAGUAUAUGCCUCAAGGAGCUCUCAGUAAGCAUCUCUUCCAUUGGAAGAGCUUGAAAUUGGAGCCCCUUUCUUGGAAAAGGAGGCUAAAUAUUGCUUUGGAUGUUGCUAGAGGAAUGGAAUAUCUUCACAAUCUAGCUCACAGAAGUUUCAUUCACAGAGAUCUUAAAUCAUCAAAUAUCUUACUUGGUGAUGAUUUCAGGGCAAAAGUUUCAGAUUUUGGAUUGGUGAAACUUGCUCCUGAUGGGGAGAAAUCUGUAGUGACCAGGCUUGCUGGAACUUUUGGAUACUUGGCUCCAGAAUAUGCCGUGACGGGAAAAAUCACAACCAAGGCUGAUGUCUUCAGUUUCGGGGUAGUGUUAAUGGAGCUGUUGACUGGGUUGAUGGCGCUCGAUGAGGACAGACCAGAGGAAAGUCAGUACUUAGCUGCAUGGUUCUGGCAUAUCAAAUCAGAUAAAGAGAAACUCAGGGCUGCCAUUGAUCCUGCCCUUGAUGUCAAAGAUGAAACAUUUGAGAGUAUUUCCACCAUUGCCGAACUUGCUGGGCACUGCACAGCAAGAGAGCCUAAUCAAAGGCCGGAUAUGAGCUAUGCAGUGAAUGUACUAGCCCCUCUUGUCGAUAAAUGGAAACCAUUGGAUGAUGAUACAGAAGAAUAUUGUGGUAUUGAUUAUAGCCUUCCACUUAACCAGAUGGUGAAAGGCUGGCAAGAAGCUGAAGGGAAAGAUUUCAGUUAUGUGGACUUAGAAGACAGCAAGAGUAGUAUCCCAGCAAGGCCAACAGGCUUUGCUGAGUCUUUCACUUCUGCAGAUGGUCGGUAAAAGAGGUGUUUUUUUCGCUGCCUUUCUUUAUCGGUUGUUCUUUCUGUUGGCUUAGAUAGCAUUGUUCUGUUGUUUCCGUUUCUGAAUUUUAAUGUCAAAUAUGCUGUAGUGUGCAAUCUAAACUUUCAAGAGCUCUCAUGUAGGCUUUGGAUUUUCAGUUGUGAUAUUGCCAUUGGUGAUGUAGAUAGAGAACAAUGAUAAAUGCAAACUUCUUGUUUGAUUAUUAUUUCUUA